AUGACCGGCGAAGAAGACUCCUCUGGCACUGGCGUUCAAGUCUCCCCUCCCUCUGCAACUGGUAGCCACGACCAUUAUGAUCACUAUGACGUCGGUGGUGACUGGGCUCAUCUGAGCUACCCUGAUGAACUAAAACCCUCCGACUCUGCCUCCAGACCAAGAACUUCUAAUCGCCAUCAAAAUUCUAACGCCGCCAGAUCGGGGCCCAGUCGUCGUCAUUCCACCCGCCAUCAUCUUCCGCCAGAACGGGAACCAGUAGCGCACCGGUCAAGAAGGCACCGCCACCCUCCCGCUUCCCCUUCGCCAGUGGAGAGUGAGGACUUUGGUGACGACUUCGAGGAGUACCCCCCGCCACGAGGUCCGCCUGAAAGACCAUAUUGGGCUCCCCAUGCUCCCGCUCCGCCACCAGGGUAUGUCCGGAGUUCUGUCUCCGCGCCAUCAUACAAUCCAUACCCCCAAUACGGGAACGUGCCAUACGGACCCAUGCAACCUGCGCACGCGGGGCAUCCUGGGAUUUCGUCGAACCAAUUAGUGCAGUCGGGACACAUGGCACAGAUGGGCCAUAUGGGCCAUAUGGGUAGUGUAAACGGGAACAUGGGCCAUUAUCCGCUGGGCCAGCCGCAAAAUUACCCUUAUGGACCAUCCCUGUUUCCACCACAUCCACAAGCACAUAAUCAUCCAAUACCCCCACCUUUCUUCAACGGCCAAGAAAACCACACUCACCAGCAGCAAAUUCCACAUCCACGAAAUCGCCAUGUUCACCACCAUCGCCGGACGCGGAGCCAAUCUCACCCUCCACCGCCUCUACGGGAUGAAAGUGAAAGCCCCCCUCCUAGACCCCAUUAUGCCCAUACUGUGCACCCGGGACAUCCAAUUCCUCAAUUCCCACACUCUCCCUUUGGCCCUGCGGAAAUGGUUCCUUAUGCUGGCGGGCCCCAUGGAGGUCUCCACGUUGGUCCUCAUGUCAUUGGAGGCCCACAUGGAGGUCCUGGCUACUUCUCCCCAUACGGGCAUCACUUUCCCCUGCCCCCUGGCAUGAUUGCGCCACAUUUCUUCCAUCAGUUUCAGCGCCCACGGUCGCUAUCUCCGCCACCGCCAGCAAAAGAACCUUCUUCUCCACCCACUGCUCCAACAGUGCCGCCUCCACCACCCCAGCCCGAUUCCAAAGACGAAGCGAUCGCCCGGUUAGAGAAGCUUAUUCUCGAUGAACGAAUGGAACGGGAAACCAAGGAAGCUGCCCGUGAAGCUGCUAUCGAAAAAGCUGCUCGUGAUAAGGCUGCCGCAGAGGAACGCGCAGCUAUAGAAAAAAAGAUCGCAGAAGAAGCUGCAGACAAAGCAAGCAAAAUCGCAAGAGCAGAAGCUAUGAAAGAGGCGGAAGCGAAAGCCGCGGAAGAGGCUGCCAAGGCUAAAAUAGCUGCAGAGGAGGCUGCAGCACUGGCAGCCGCAGAAGCCGCGGAGAAGGCUACUAUUGAGGCCAAUGCUAAGACUGCCGAAGCCGUCGCCGCUGCCACUGCGGCUGCGCUCGCGCCUCCUGCUGAGAAGAAGAAGCCAAUUAAGUUUAAAGACGCUGUUGGAAGGAAGUUCAGUUUUCCUUUUCAUCUGUGCAACACCUGGCCGGGCAUGGAGGAUCUUGUCCGACAGGCAUUCCUCCACGUUGACAGAAUAGGACCUCAUGUCGCCGAAGGCCACUAUGAUCUGGUUGGCCCCAACGGUGACAUCAUUCUCCCACAAGUCUGGGAAACUGUUGUAGAACCGGAUUGGACCAUCACUAUGCACAUGUGGCCCCUUCCGGAAGAGCCCAAGACACCGGAUCCAUCCAUGGUACUAGAGGAUGACCGUAAUCUGGUUACCAUCGUGGAUCUGAAGCGUGCAGAGGCUGCAGGUGCGCCCCCUCCUCUUUAUCCCCCUGUUCCGCCGCCUCCGCCAGAUGCCGCGGCCUUCAUGGCUUCGGGUCUGCCGCCACAUCUAAUUCCGGAUCCAUUUGUUGACCUUCACCAUCCAAUUCCAGCGGAUGCGCAACCAUCUCCACCGCCUCAUGGUCCAAAAAGACCGCGUCCCCGGGAUCUCCCUGCGGGAGCCUUUGCUAUGUGGAUGACGGGAAAUAGAGGCAAAUUGAAACCGGGCUUUAAAAACGGCAAAAAAGCCUGA